AUGCUACUCUCCAGAGGUAUUUCUCAAAGUGCAGGAGUUAACUUCAGCAAUUGUUUCAAACUGGUGGAUCAAACUACAUUCAGACAAAUUGUGAAAGUUGCUUUUCAGAAAAACUGUCCUCGGAGCACGAGAUCAUUUCCAAGAUGUAGUGCUUCUAUCUGUUUCCCUGGAAAUGAAAUUCCAGAGUGGUUUAUCAUUCAAAGCACAGGAUCUUCUUUAACUUUUGAGCUGAAAGCAUACCCUACCUCUGCUGCCUUGAAUGAUCUAAUUUUGUGCACUAUUGUAGAAUUUCAGAAUUAUCAUAGUGAAGACCAGAGUUUGGUGAUUAGCUGUGAGUACACGAUCUCAAUUAGAAAAUCAUAUGGUAGAGUGCCACCAUUUCGUGGAAAUAUGAGGGUCUGGGACUUUGGUCCUGGACUCGGCUACGUUGACUCAGAUCACGUAUUCUUGGGAUAUGAUUUUCCUCGAAAAUUCGAUGAACUUGGCAUACGCGGAUAUUUGAUGAUGACAAUCCAAUUUUAUGUUGAGAAUUUAGAUACUAAAAGCAAUUGUUGUUGCAAAGUUACAAAGUGUGGAGCUUGGAGUCCAAGUUUGCAGUGGAUGACAAGUGAGAAGGAUCAGCUCUCCAAGAGAUUGAAAAUUUCAAAUUUCUUAGAAGGCGAAUCCAGCUCAAGAUAA